AUGGAGCCAUUCUUGGUCUGCCAGAACAAAUUUUGACAAAAAGAUCCUAAUCUGCCAUUACCACUGAGUUUUGGUGUUUCCAAAUUUUUUGGGCAAGCCAAAUGCAAUAAAAAAAAAUUGUUCUUUGCGCGAUGAUGCAUUUGGCUUGUCAAAAAAAUUUGGAAACACCAAAACUCAGUGGUAAUGACAAACGAUCCUAAUCUGCCAUUACCACUGAGUUUUGAUGUUGCCAAAUUUUUUUGACAAGCCAAAUGCAUCAUCGCAAAAGAACAAUUUUUUUUAUUGCAUUUGGCUUGCCCAAAAAAUUUGGAAACACCAAAACUCAGUGGUAAUGGCAGAUUAGGAUCUUUUGUCAAAAUUUUUUCUGGCAGACCAAGAAUGGCUCCUUAG